AGAUCUGUAAAUAAGCAGAUUCUUUAUCUACCAGGAAUUAAGCGCGGAUCUGAAACAAGCUCUUCUAAUUCAAGCACCUUUCAGGUGAUUCGACAUGGCUGAGCCACGAAGCCCGGUGUCCGCUUCUGUGCCCCACAAUCCAAUAGUCCUGGCUGCCCCCGAGGGCUCGACCCUUGAGAUGGACCCAAUAGAGUUCACCCUCCGCAAGCGACUGCCUCGCAAACUGCCCAAACGGAGGAACGACGUCUAUGUCAACAUGAAGACUGACUUCAAGGCUCAGCUAGCGAGGUGUCAGAAACUUCUGGACGCUCACAGGGAAAUCUGCAUCCACGGCCUGGGACUGGCCAUCAACCGGGCUAUAAACAUCGCUCUGCAGCUCCAGACGUCCAGCCAGGGCGCCCUGCAACUCGCCGCAAACACCUCCACGGUGGAGCUCAUCGACGACCUGGAGCCUGAAGAUCCGGACGAGGCCGGAGAGCAUCUGACCCGUACCCGGAAUAACUCGGCCAUCCAUAUCAAGGUGUUUUACCCCAAUCCGUAGUUUCAGCUUCAGUGUCAAUAUAAUGAAUGAGGGCUUCAUGAACAAUUGUAUGACGUUAGUGGCAUGUAGAAGUUUUUUAAAGUGAUGCAUUAUUUAUGAUUUUUUUCUGCUUCAAGACUUUUUUUUUAAUUAAUUGCUGUGUUAUUGAAUGUUUUAUUUGAAAAACAAGAAAGAAAUGUGCCAUAUGUAUUUUUUUCUACUAUGUAUUUGUGUUCUUGUGUAUAGUAAACUUAAAUGGAAAGUAAACAGCUUAAAUGCAAAGUAAA